GCUGUGUCAGAGACAAAGCCAGGUUGUCUUCUUUCGAGAAUAGAACCUUGCUUGACAGAACACACUAUAUGAGAAUCCGAACAGCCUCGGCUUUCGGCGGUGUUACUUACUCUACUGUAAAGCCCCCAGUGGAUCCGAAUGCUGGAAUAUUCAUAAUUUAUAUCCGUCCUCGUCUGAACGAAUCAUUAUUAGAAUCGCGAACGGUUCCUUGGGAUAUGCAAGAAGUUGUUGAUGAGCAACUACGGAAGUAGUUAGCUCGCUGGCUUGCUAACUUGCUUGUCCCUCUCCAGUGCCCGGAUGUCAGGACAAACUGGGAUGAAACUGGGCAGGCAACUGUGUCAAAAAAUGAGGCUGAGCAAUAACAGCAACCCCACUACGCUGACCACCAUGAGGGGCUUGGAGAUCCACUUCUACCUGUCAGGCGAGACACAGCUGGAGUACCUGAAGGACAGCCACGUUGCCGAGGACCUGUGCGUACAGGCAGCGCAAAAGUGCAAUAUUUCUCCUCUUUGCCACAACCUGUUUGCCCUAUACGAUGAGACUGAAGCGAUCUGGUACCCACCUAAUCACGUGUUCAAAGUCGACGACUACACAUCCACAAAGCUGCAUUACCGCAUGAGGUUCUACUUCACCAACUGGCAUGGCACGAAUGAAAGCGAGUCGCCGGUGUGGAGACACUCCAUCAACAAGCAGAGAAAUGGGAUGAGCCCCGAGAUAGGCCCAGAGGGAACCCCGCUGCUUGACGCCCCCUCCCUGGAGUACCUGUUUGCACAGGGCCAGCAUGACUUUCUGAAAGGCUGGGCACCAGUGCGGAGCCCACAGAGUGAGGCAGAGGUCCAUGAAAUUGAGAACGAGUGUCUGGGAAUGGCCGUGUUGGCUAUCUCGCACAACACUAUCAACGGACAGCUGCCCCUGGCAAGGACCCCUGGAGAGAUCAGCUAUAAGAAGCACAUUCCAGAAAGCCUGAGCAAGGACAUCAAGCGGCGCAGCAUCCUUACACGCAUCCGCAUCAACAACGUCUUCAAGAACUUCCUCAACGAGUUCAAGAGCAAGACCAUCGAAGACAGCAACGUGACCGCGCAUGACCUGAAGGUGAAGUACCUGGCCACGAUGGAGACCCUGACCAAGAGCUUUGGCUGUGAGGUCAACAAGCCCGAAGACCUGCACAUCUCCAACGAGACCGAGACGUUGCAGGCCCUCAAGUGGGAAAAAACGGAGGAACCUGAGGCGUACGAGGUCCAAGUGUCCGGAAAUGCCGGGAUUUCCUAUCGGAAGAAGCCAGUCACUAACACAGUGGUUAUCAAACGGAACAACAAGUCCAAGAAAAACAAGAUGGAGGAAAAUAAAAGAAAUGACACCAGCGAUGGCUGGUUACCCUUCUGCGACUUCCAUGAGAUCACACACAUCGUCAUCAAGGAAUGUACAGUUACCAUCUUCAAACAAGAUAAUAAAAAAAUGGAACUGAGGCUGUCGUCCCGCGGCAAGGCACUGUCUUUCGCCGCCCUAGUGGAUGGCUACUUUCGACUGACGGUGGAUGCCCACCACUACCUGUGCACUGAGGUGGCGCCUUCUUCUGUGGUGCAGAACCUGCUGAACAGCUGCCACGGCCCCAUCUGCACGGACUACGCCAUCCAGAAGCUUCGGCAGGAGGGCAACGAGGAGGGGAUGUACGUGCUGCGCUGGAGCUGCACUGACUACAGCCACAUCCUCAUGACCGUCACCUGCAACGAGACGAACGUCUGUCAGUCAAGGCUGAACUGGCAGUUUAAGAACUUCCAGAUAGAGGUGGGUGACCUGGGCUACCGGUUGUGUGGGACAGAAACCCACUGGCCCUCGCUGAAAGAGCUGAUGGGACACCUGACUGGGCAGGUCCUCCGUACCGACCACCUCAGCUUCCACUUGAGGAGGUGCUGCCCGCCCCAACCUCGAGAGAUCUCCAACCUCUUAGUGGUGACGAAGAGAGUGUCUGCCACUCAGACCCCUCUGCAAGUCAGUCAGCUCAGCUUUCACAGGAUUCUCAAAGAGGAAAUACAACAGGGGGAGCACCUCGGCAGAGGGACCAGAACCAACAUCUACGCAGGUGUGCUGAAGAUGAACAAUGAGGACGACGCCUUACAGGAGGUGAAGGUGGUCCUGAAGGUGCUGGGGUCCAGUCACAGAGACAUCUCCCUGGCCUUCUUCGAGACGGCCAGCAUGAUGCGGCAGGUCUCGCACAAACACAUCUCCCUGCUCUAUGGCAUCUGCGUCCGCGACCUGGAGUACAUCAUGGUGGAGGAGUAUGUGCAGCUGGGCCCACUCGACCUCUUCAUGCAGAGGAACCGCAUGCACCUCAACACACCAUGGAAGUUCCAGGUGGCCAAGCAGCUGGCUGGUGCCCUCAGCUACCUGGAGGAUAAGAAGCUUGUCCAUGGGUACGUUUGUGCCAAGAAUAUCCUGCUGGCUAGGGACGGGCGUGACAAUGAGGGUGGGCCAUUUAUCAAGCUGAGUGACCCAGGCAUCCCUGUCACUGUACUCACCAGAGAGGAGUGUGUGGACCGGAUCCCUUGGAUCGCCCCAGAAUGUGUCAAGAACACCAAUGCGCUGAGUGUGGCAGCUGACAAGUGGAGUUUUGGCACCACCCUGUGGGAAAUCUGCUAUGACGGAGAGGUGCCCCUCAAAGACAAGACCCUCACUGAGAAAGAGCGCUUCUACAUGCGGGAGGUCAUGCUGCCCACUCCAGACUGCAAGGAACUGGCGGACCUUAUGACGCACUGCAUGAACUACGAUACCCACAAGAGGCCCUUCUUCAGAGCCAUCGUGAGGGACAUCGACAUGCUGGAGGAGAAGAACCCCUCCAUCAAACCAGUUCCCAGUCAGGAGAUAGACCCCACCGUGUAUGAAAAGCGAUUCCUCAAGAAGGUUCGGGACCUGGGGGAGGGUCACUUUGGGAAGGUGGAGCUUUGUCGUUACGACCCCCGGGAGGACCGCACAGGCGAGCUGGUGGCGGUGAAGUCCCUGAAGCCCGAGAACAGGGGGGUGCAGUGCAGCAACCUGUGGUGCGAGAUUGACAUCCUGAGGAAGCUGUACCAUGAGAACAUCGUCAGGUACAAGGGCAUCUGCAAGGAGGAGGGAGGAAGAUCCCUCAAGCUGAUCAUGGAGUACCUGCCUGCCGGGAGCCUGAAAGAGUACCUGCCCAGGAACAAGGCCAACGUUGACCUGAGGAUGCUCCUAAGAUAUGCCAUUCAGAUAUGCAAGGGAAUGAAUUAUCUGGGAUCGCAGAACUAUAUCCACCGGGACCUGGCUGCUCGUAAUGUCCUGGUGGAGAACAAGAACACGGUCAAGAUCGGAGACUUUGGUCUGACCAAGAGCAUCAAAGACAAAGAGGAUUACUACACGGUGAAGGACGAACUGGACAGCCCUGUGUUCUGGUAUGCCCCCGAGUGCCUGAUCCAGCUCAAAUUCUACAGAGCGUCAGACGUGUGGUCCUUUGGAGUCACCUUGUAUGAGCUGCUAACCUACUGCGACUCAGCCUGCAGCCCCAUGACGGAGUUCAACAAGAUGAUCGGUUCCAUCUACGGCCAGUUGACGUUAGCCAAGCUGGUGAAGGCCCUGGAGGCAGGCAAGCGGCUGCCCUGUCCAGCUGACUGCCCGCAAACGGUGUACACCCAGAUGAAGAAAUGUUGGGUGAAGGCUCCCGAGGAGAGGAUCGACUUUGAAGAGCUGAUCAGCGUGUUCCAGCAGAUGCUGGCAGAGAACAUGUGACCAGAGGAGCCUGCCUUAAAGACUUUACAAUCAAUUACAGCAGGAGGAACUAAAAGAAAAAGAAAAAAAAAAGAAUCUCUUAAGUCUACCGCAGCAGGUGGCUUCACUUGGAUUUCUCAUACAGUAUGAUCCCUUUCGCCAUUUCCACUCGCAGGACACCAUUUUAAGGCAUCGUGUGGCUUCAGUGAUUCUGAAUGUAAUCGUGCAUCGGCAGCCAAAUUAGUAUUAAUCUUGGAUCCCAACUUAAUUGUACAUAGACCCACGCAAAUUUUAUUUUUACGCCAAAAUCUUUUGCGCACUUUCCAUUGGCAUUAAUUUUCCAUUUGGUUUCGCUUAAACUGUAAACCCAUAUUUUUGUUAAAUAAAUGAACAAUAUUUCUA